GCCGUCGCCUCUGACCCAUCGCAUAAAGCCACUGCCUUUUUAUGGCUUCUCAUCUUCCCCAAAAGUUCUUUCUUCAAUUCUCAUCUCCAUAUCUCCCUCUCUUAGUGAGCAGCUACAAACUUGCAUCCCUCUGUUUAGCUUCUCAUACAACAUCCAAAUGGCUGCCCUUGCGCACAAGCUUUCCCUCUCCUAUCACAAAUCUUCACCCCAUUUGCACAAACCCAAGUUUUUACUCAUUUGCUCCAUAGGUUACAAUUCAUCUCCUUCUUCCCCAUUUACGGAGAAGCACUCCGUAGAGAGGUACCGGAGAGACCAGUGGCUCUACAAGAACCAACAACCUGACCAUUCCCAUGUCUUCUCCUGCUCUACCCCUCCUGACCCUGAUUUUAUAAGGGAAAAUGACAUUGCUUUGCAGCUUCCUGAGCUAAAUAGGUUGCUACAGGUGUUGAGGGAGAAGAGGCAGGGUUGUGAGGAUGGUGGUGAUGGGGGCAAGUGUGGGCCGGGGAAUGUGUUUUUGGUGGGGACAGGGCCAGGGGAUCCGGAUUUGUUGACAUUGAAAGCACUUAAAGUUAUUCAGAAAGCUGAUCUUUUAUUGUAUGAUCGGUUGGUGUCUAAUGAUGUGUUGGAUUUGGUUGGUCCUGAUGCUAGGCUUCUCUAUGUUGGUAAAACUGCUGGAUAUCACAGCAGAACCCAGGAGGAGAUACAUGAAUUGCUUUUGAGUUUUGCUGAAGCUGGAGCUACGGUAGUUAGACUCAAAGGAGGGGAUCCUCUGGUGUUUGGAAGGGGUGGAGAAGAAAUGGACUUUUUGCAACAACAAGGGAUUCAAGUGAAGGUUAUCCCAGGUAUCACAGCUGCUUCAGGGAUAGCAGCAGAGCUUGGGGUUCCAUUAACUCACAGGGGUGUGGCAAAUAGUGUUAGAUUUCUAACUGGUCACUCAAGAAAAGGAGGAACAGAUCCUUUGUUCAUUGCAGAAAAUGCUGCAGAUCCUGAUUCAACCUUAGUGGUUUAUAUGGGCUUAUCAACACUCCCUUCACUUGCACUAAAGUUGAUGCAUCAUGGUCUAUCACCAGUAACACCUGCUGUUGCAGUUCAGCAAGGAACCACACCCCAGCAACGCAUUGUCUUCUCAGAACUAAAAGAUCUUGCUGAUAAAAUCUCAGUUGCAGGGUUGGUAUCACCAACACUAAUUAUCAUUGGGAAUGUUGUUGCACUUUCACCAUUGUGGCCACAUUCUCUGAAGGAUGCAUCAUCUAUGGUUGAGGCAAAAUAAACACUGUCAAAACUGACAGACAAAAAGGUAAUUUUGAUAUCCAAGAUCAUCUCUUUUUGUUUUUUUACUUUUUUUGAAAUUACAUUGGUGGUGGGGGGAUUCGAACCCCAGCCCAAGAACUUUCAAUGUGGCUUACAACCAUCGGGUCACAAGUCCCAAGUGCAUCCAAGAUCAUCUGUUUUGAACUUUUGAUUAGUGUAAUUCUUGAUAGCAAAGAUUAAGUGGUAAAGUUCCGUUGCCUCUUAUGCUUUGUUCAGAAUUGAUACAUUUUAGUCUAAAGGUAUUUGAUGUGACUAGUCCACUAUUUCACUAUUUGGGGUUCACAAAGUUUGACAUGCCCAUUCAUAAAGCCCAAACUGGAAAUAAGAAAAAUGGAAGAAGUUAAUAAGGUGACCGAUGAAUGGUGAUGAAUGUUUUCAAUUCUCCAGGGAAAUGAUAAACUAAAGGCAGUUGGAUACUACCAUUGGAGCACCCUCAGAUUUUGAUUUGCUUUUGUGCUUGGCUGAAGAUGAGUGCUCUUUCUCAGAGGUAACUCGUGCUGCAUCAUUCAUCAGAGACCUUUGAAAAUAACUGUAAACAGCUGAAAGGAAAAGGCAUUGCUGGUGAAUUUGUUGUCAACUAAUUUAAGGAAAAGCAGAGGCCAGAUGGUUUGUAAAUCUAAGGAAGUGGGAAUGAAACAAUGCUAGGGCGGAUGAUUUAGCAUUUGAGAUUGGUGCAUUUUUAGUGACUGGAGAAAGGGGAUUAGCUUGCAGACCAAGGAAAUUAAACCAAGUUUCUUUUUUAUUUUCUUCAUUGUUUUCUUGCUUGAACUUGAGUCCUCUUAAGUAGCCUCUUUUUAGUACAUUAGAUUAGACACCGUCUGCAACAGAGAAUUGCUGACCAAUGCAACGAGUUUUUUGAUUCAUUCAAAUCAUUGAAGCCUGUUCAAUUAAAUGUGCAAGAGAAA